AUGCUGAGUGUGGAGAUGUACCCCAGUUUGACUCUGGGACCGCAGAGGAUCGGAGACUGCUUCUACAGAGACCGGCAGGCUCCAGCCCACAUGCCGCUGUACCCCCCCACCUGCGACGCGGCCGCCAAAGCCCUGCCCCCGAGGCUGCUGGCCCCUCCCCCCGUCCCUAACGAGCCUGCCGCCAAGACCCCAAAAGAUGAGGUGAAGAUGGAGCUGGAGAAUGCGUCUUUGUGGAAACAGUUCAGCUCGGUGGGCACAGAGAUGAUCAUCACAAAGAAGGGCAGACGGAUGUUCCCCGGGCUGAGGUUAAAGCUCUCAGGCCUGAACCCAUCUCUCCGCUACAUCGUCCUCCUGGACAUCAUCCCUGCCGACAGCUCCCGCUAUCGUUUCCAAGGCGGCGGCUGGCAGGCCGUUGGCGGGGCGGAAGCCAGGCUACCAGACCGGGUUUUCAUCCACCCAGACUCACCCGCCACGGGUGCCCACUGGCAGAGCCGCACCAUCUCCUUUCACUACGCCAAGCUCACCAACAACACGCUAGACACACAGGGACAUAUCAUCCUGCACUCGCUGCACCGCUACCAGCCCAGAGUUCACGUAAUUGAAGCCAGAGACGUGCUGAGGUGGGGCGGAGGGCAGCACUCCUUUGUUUUCCCCGAGACCCAGUUUAUCACAGUCACCGCCUACCAAAACAACAAGAUCACAGAGCUGAAGAUCAACUCCAACCCCUUCGCUAAAGGCUUCCGAGAGGAUGGCAUGAACAGUAAAAAACAAAGAGAUGCAAGACAGAAGCGCAAAAUUUCGGCCUUGACAGAAACCUUGGACAUUGUGAGCUGUGAUCCAUGUGACUCAGCUGAUCUUCUGCCCCAGCCCACCACCACCACCACCACCAGCAGCACAGACCUGCAGGCUCUCGCCCUAGCCUCUCUGCCGCCACUGCCUGACCCCUCCUGUGGGUUCAGACCAGAGGAGGCCUCCUAUCAGGACACGCUGGUCCAGCAGCAGCCACUAGACCUCGGCCAGGCUUUCAUGGCGUCCCAGAUGUCUGAUACUAUCAGCAUCUCCAUGGCCAAUGGGAUGCAGGACACACCAGGAAGCAGGGUGGCAAAUAAUAUGAUUGAAAGGUCAGAAACUACAUCUUACACCUCCACCUUUCCUACUGCUCAGCCCAACUCCUCCGCUUUCCCCUUGGCUCCUCUUCCUCAGUCGUCCGCCCCCUUCUCCUCCCUCCCCGACUCUUCAGACACAUCCGAUCCUCAGCCCUCCAUCCCUCCUAUCGACUAUCCCUCUAUCCUGUCUUCCUCCCCCACGCUCUCCUCCUCCUCCACCACCACCACUCCCUCGCUGCAGCAGACCUCCUUCACCUUCCCCACUCCGCCUCCGUCCAACUCAUCUUCGCCACAGCCGCUCCUACCCUCCUCCUCCCCCUCUGCCUAUGACACCAUCCCAGAGACAAUCAGCCCGCAUACACCGACAGACACCUCAUUUCCUGCACCGCCCUCCACAUGUCAAACAGGUCUUCAGGGCCAAAUGUCAGCUCAGUCUCUGCUCGACCAACCUGGUGAACCCCUCCAGGGUCAACUGAUUACCAGCGGAAAUCAAAGUUCAACAGCAUUUAUCUAUCCAAAUGUCCUUCCUACUAAUCCUGCUCCAGUUACCACUCAGCCCCUCCACAACCAAAACCAACCACCAGCUCCCAGUCUGCAAUGCUCCCUUCCGGCUUCUGGUGGCCCCUCAUCUUUUGCCUUCCCCUCUGUCCCCCCACACAUGCAAAAUCUACCUUUUCCAAACAUGUCUCCCAGCUCUGCCCACCCUGCCCUGCAUCUCCCCAAUCUGAGCCACCAAGCCCAAGCUCCCUCCCUGGCUGCUGCCUUCCCUCCCUCUACUUUCCCUCAUCCGUCAUCCACCCUUCCUCACCCUCCUUUCCAGCCCUCCUCUUGCUUGGCUGUCUCCUCUUCUUUCCAGCAGACCGCCAACUCAUUGCCACAAACAGCCCAUCCUCAAAACCUGCCCAAUCCCUCCACUUGCUCCUCCACCUCCUCGUUCCCUCCGGUUGAAAUAGGUGCCCUCCCUCAGUUCAAGCCUGCUGCCCCCUACCGCCCAGAGAUGGUACUGCACCACCCUUCUCUUCUCCCUCAGCUGGAUCCAUCACUUCCAUCCAGUCUUCCCUCCUCCACCCCUCCCCCCACACUCUACCCAGCCUUCCCGUCCUACCCUCUCCGGCUUUGCCAGGACCCUCACUCAUCCCUCUCCAUCCCAUUCAGGCAUCUGUACGACAACACCAGCAUGGACAUGCCCACCCCCAGGGGUCCUACCUGGAUAUGA